UGCUCAAACUCUGCGGUGAGGCGGAGGACAAGCUGGCCCAGGAGCUCACCAGCUUCGAGCUGGAAGUGGAGCGGGACGUGAUUGAGCCCCUCUUUGUGCUGGCCGAGGUCGAAAUCCCGAAUAUCCAGAAGCAGAGGAAGCACUUAGCAAAGCUCGUCCUAGACAUGGAUUCCUCACGAACAAGGUGGCAACAGUCGGCGAAGUCGUCCGGUUUGUCGAGCAACCUGCAGCCGUCGGGCUCCAAAGUGGACACUCUCAGGGAAGAGAUGGAGGAGGCGGCGAACAGAGUGGAGAUUUGCAGGGACCAGCUCUCGGCUGACAUGUACAAUUUCGUGGCCAAAGAAAUCGACUAUGCAAACUACUUUCAAACGCUGAUAGAGGUGCAAGCAGAAUACCAUAGGAAGUCGUUAGCACUUUUACAGAACGUGUUGCCUCAGAUAAAAGCACAGCAGGAAGCCUGGAUCGAGAAGCCCUCCUUUGGGAAGCCCCUGGAGGAGCACCUGGCAGCCAGCGGGCGGGAGAUCGCCUUCCCCAUCGAGGCCUGUGUCACCAUGCUGCUGGAGUGCGGGAUGCAGGAGGAGGGGCUCUUCAGGGUGGCUCCUUCGGCAUCCAAGUUAAAGAAGCUCAAAGCGGCUCUCGACUGCUGCGUGGUGGAUGUGCAGGAGUACUCCGCAGACCCCCACGCCAUUGCAGGGGCGCUGAAGUCCUAUCUCCGAGAGCUUCCAGAGCCUCUCAUGACCUUCGAACUCUACGACGAAUGGAUUCAAGCUUCCAACCUCCAGGACCAAGACAAGAGACUGCAGGCCCUGUGGAACGCCUGCGAAAAACUGCCCAAGGCCAACCACAGCAACAUCAGGUACCUGAUCAAGUUCCUAGCAAAGCUGACGGAAUACCAGGACGCCAACAAAAUGACACCGAGCAACGUGGCCAUCGUGCUGGGCCCCAACCUCCUCUGGCCCCAAGCAGAGGGGUACCUGAUCAAGUUCCUAGCAAAGCUGACGGAAUACCAGGACGCCAACAAAAUGACACCGAGCAACGUGGCCAUCGUGCUGGACAUCGAAUUCAACGUGACCGGGAACUACGGCAGCCCCAUGCACGUCAACCACAAUGCCAACUACAGCUCCAUGCCCUCCCCCGACAUGGACCACGCCGACCGCAAGCAGCACGACCAGGCCCGGCGCCCCCUCAGCGUGGCCACGGACAACAUGAUGCUGGAGUUCUACAAGAAGGAUGGCAUGGGCGUCAGGGUGAUGGACACGUCUUGGGUUGCCCGCAGAGGCACCACCGUAUCUCGCAAAGCGUCCUCCACCCCGCCAGCCGUGCAGCCCCCCGCGCCGCCUUCCGAUCUCUCUGCCACUCCUCAGUCACCAAUUCCUGAGCAGUCCCUUGAUAUUUCAGCUACUCCCUCCCCUCCUCCAACUAGCUUUGGCUUCCCGCCAGCAGCCGAGCGGACGAGCACGGAUGAUGUGUCGUCUAGUUGGUUGGACUCCUGUUACAGCUACCCUUCCCCCGAGGAUGACAGGCCCCCCCCUUACCCUUGCUAUCAGCACCUCCGCCAUUACCCCCCCCAGGGGCGGGCCACACUCCUGGUGCCAUGGGGUCCAGCCUCCUGCAGCACCCAGCCCCAAGGAGUUCCUACAGCCCUUGGCAAACAGCAGUCCCCGGGGGGCGUGGAAGGGUGUGUGUCCUGCGCUGUCCGCUGUAUGCCGUGCGACCCGGAGGGCUGCAGCCUCGCUUCGUGCUUUCAUCGUGCUCGGCCUGCUUGCAAAGCCGCGCGCGCGGCUGGAGUCCAGUGCGUAGCGUCUCCAGAAGCCGCUUCCAUCGGGCACCAAGCGGGUGGGGGCUCGGCUUUGCCAGCGCGAGUGGCUGCCCUUCACGAGGCCGGCGUGCCAGAGCGCGGCCGGGGAGCCAAGGGAACUGGGGGGCUGAGGAGCUGGGGAGGUCCGAGGAGCUGGGGGGCCCAGGGAGGUCCGUGCGGUGGCUGCAAAGCAAAGGGACUCACACUUGUGCCUCUGUGUUCCUGUUUGUUUCUUCGCAGCACUUUAAAAACCAAGGAGCUGUCGCCCGUGUCCGGGCAGAAAGGCAGCCCUGGCUCCGGCCACGCGGCUCCGAGUGGGAGCAUCCAGCCGGCAGCCAGUCCCACUCAGCAGCUGUCCACGGAGCAGAGCCCUCAUGCGCUGCGCAAAGUUUCCAAGAAGCUGGCUCCAAUCCCUCCCAAGGUGCCCUACGGCCAGUCAGGCGGUAUGUCCGACCAGUCCACGGGACAGCCAUCCCCCGUCAGCCUGUCUCCCACCCCUCCGAGCACCCCUUCACCCUAUGGACUGAAUUACCCACACGGCUACUCGUUGGCCUCCGGCCAGCUCUCCCCCGCUGCUGCUCCUUCCCUGUCUUCUCCUUCUGCCCUGACGAGCACUUUAACCAAGUCUCGGCCCACCCCUAAGCCACGGCAGAGGCCCACGCUGCCACCACCACAGCCUCCCACAGCCAGCGUGGCCGGCGCUAGCCCGCAGUCCAUGGACCACACCCUGCUAGACGACAUGUCCCCUGGGGAAAGCAUGUCCACAGAUCUCGUCCGCUUUGACGUCCCGUCGAUAUACAUCGAGGGGGAUGCUGCCCCCCGCCGAGAGCUGCUGGAGCAAAGCCAGAGACAUUCCGUGGCAGGGAAAGGCGAUUCGGAAGAGGAGGAGUCGGAAAGCACUGCCCUAUGACAUCGCCUCCCCCCCAUGGACUCAUUUGUACAUACAUGUGAUCCC